AUGGCUUCUGAGCACGGUUCGAACGCCAGCUCAACCUCGUCCCUUGCCCUUUUGCCCGACUCUUCGGCCCAUAGUCUUCUCGACUCUUUACCCGGGUUCCCGCUCCCUGAAGUCUCGGAGUACGUGCGAGCCAUGUACAUGGAGAGUUUUCUGACGGAGGAAUCACAACACAGCUUGAACAAAGUCGCCUUCUUGAUAGGUGCCGACAGCUCUGACACCUGGUUCAACAUCUACAUAUUGCCCGCGGCGCUCCGGGACGCAUCGCCUCUCUUUGAAAGGAGCGGACGUCGUUCCAGGUCCCGCCGUUCGUCAACACCCCCACCCUCGCCCGGCUCGCUCUGCUGCCGCUUCCGAGAGCAAGAUUGCCAGGCCGCUGUGGUCUUUGGGCUGUGGCUGGGCCUCUACAGUACUGCGGACGCUGAACUGUACGAGGGCUUUGACAACGUGAUUCAGUGCAAGUUCGGCCAGAAACCAGACUUGUUUGUCCGGUGCUGGGAUGUCGCCGACCGAUUCGAGGCACAGCCCUUCAAGAACUACCUGACCACCACCGCGGUCGUCAUGUCCAAUACAUGCCUUGUAGCGCACUUUGGGAUCGCCGACAACUUCUCCCGAGCGGGCCUCUCCCGCACCUCACUCGUCGGCGCCCUGCUCGACAGCCUGGCCUUUCAGGUCGUCGAGACGGACAUGGUUCUUUUGGAGGUCCUUGAGAGCUGGUCGGUCUACUCUGGGCUCAUGGGAGCCAGCCCUCGUCUCCUCGCCGAGUUCCUGCUCGCGAUCGAAGACUUGAAGGGGUUCCGGGAUAGGUUCUUCCCGUUCCAUCCACGCGAUCGUCUGUGUGCAAAGUGGCACACGCACAAGAGCAGGGCAGAGCGACGAGCGUGUCCCGACUUCAACGCCGUGCAAUGUGCGGGGCUCGACUCGAGUGACGACGAUCAACGCGAUGACAGUGGUGAUGACGGGGGCGACGACCAUGAAGGAGAUAGUGACAAUGGCGAUGAUGAGGGCGACGACCGUGACAACGACGAAGAUGAUCUUGAUGACGAAAGCGUCGACCGUGAGCAAGACAGUAAUAACAACAGUGAUGAUGAUGAUAGGGACGACGACCGUGGAAAAGAUAGCGACAAUGGCGAUAACAAUGACGAUGACGAAAGCGUCGACCGUGACCAGGACAAUGACAAUCACGAUGAAGAUGACGACGACCGCAGCGAAGACACGAACAACAGUGAUGACAAAGAGGGCGACGACCGUGCCCAAGAAGACAGCAAGGACUAUGACCAAGAAGAAGAGGAGGAGGCCACCAACGCACCAAACGGUGCACAAUCAACAUGCCAUCCUGCAACGUGCCAUAAGAGCAAACAAGCCACCCAUGAAGGUGAAGGUGAAAGUGACGGUGAAGGCCAUGCACAUGAUCAAGAUCAAGACGAGGACCAAGAUCUGCCACGACCCAGAGGUUCUCAGGGGCUGAAACGAAGUGCCGAGGCAGCUGGAUUUGAGGAUCACGAUUAG